UCUCGCGCAGACUCACGGACGCUGCGCUGUUGAUCCGAGCGAUCUUCAGCGGAUUCAUGCUACUUAUCUCGCUCUAAACACCGUUUCUCCUCCUUUCACACCGUUUCUGGCUGUUCGGGUGAUUUAAGUGAACGCCAUGUCCUACAACUACGUUGUGACGGCGCAGAAGCCGACGGCGGUGAACGCCUGCGUCACGGGUCACUUCACAUCUGCGGAGGAUCUGAACCUGCUGAUCGCCAAGAACACGCGUCUGGAGAUCUAUGUGGUCACUGCUGAGGGUCUGAGGCCGGUCAAAGAGGUCGGCAUGUACGGCAAGAUCGCGGUCAUGGAGCUCUUCAGACCCAAGGGUGAGAGCAAAGAUCUUCUGUUCAUUCUGACCGCUAAAUACAACGCCUGUAUCCUGGAGUACAAGCAGAACGGAGACAGCAUCGACAUCAUCACCCGCGCUCACGGAAACGUGCAGGAUCGGAUCGGCCGUCCGUCUGAGACCGGGAUCAUCGGGAUCGUGGAUCCGGAGUGUCGUAUGAUCGGCUUGCGGCUGUACGAUGGGCUGUUUAAGGUCAUUCCUCUGGACCGUGAUAACCGCGAGCUCAAAGCCUUCAACAUUCGUCUGGAGGAGCUGCAGGUCAUAGACGUCCAGUUCCUGUACGGCUGCCAGGCGCCCACCGUCUGCUUCAUAUAUCAGGAUCCUCAGGGUCGGCACGUCAAGACAUACGAGGUUUCUCUCAGAGAGAAGGAGUUCAACAAAGGACCCUGGAAGCAGGAGAACGUGGAAGCUGAAGCAUCGAUGGUCAUCCCAGUCCCAGAGCCGUUUGGAGGAGCUAUAAUCAUCGGACAGGAGUCCAUCACUUAUCACAACGGAGACAAAUACUUAGCCAUCGCUCCUCCAACUAUCAAGCAAAGCACCAUCGUGUGUCACAACCGCGUGGAUCCGAACGGCUCGCGGUACCUGCUGGGAGACAUGGAGGGACGACUCUUCAUGCUGCUGUUGGAGAAAGAGGAGCUGAUGGACGGAGCUGUGGUGCUCAAAGACCUGCGGGUGGAGCUGCUGGGAGAGACCUCCAUCGCCGAGUGUCUGACGUAUCUGGACAACGGUGUGGUGUUUGUGGGCUCCAGACUUGGAGAUUCUCAACUAGUUAAGCUGAAUGUGGACAGUAAUGACCAGGGUUCGUAUGUGGCUGUAAUGGAGACCUUCACUAACCUGGGGCCGAUAGUGGACAUGUGUGUGGUGGACCUGGAGAGACAAGGACAGGGUCAGCUGGUGACGUGCUCCGGAGCGUUUAAGGAAGGCUCUCUCCGGAUCAUCCGGAAUGGCAUCGGGAUCCAUGAGCACGCCAGCAUCGAUCUGCCCGGCAUCAAAGGUCUGUGGCCUCUCCGCUCCGAGUCGGGCAGAAACACUGAUGACAUGCUGGUUCUGUCGUUUGUGGGUCAGACCAGGGUGCUGAUGCUGAGUGGAGAGGAGGUGGAGGAGACGGAGCUGCCGGGGUUUGUGGAUAAUCAGCAGACGUUCUUCUGUGGGAAUGUAGCGCAUCAGCAGCUCAUACAGAUCACGUCGGUGUCUGUGAGGCUGGUCACUCAGGACAGCAAGGCUCUGGUGAGCGAGUGGAAGGAGCCUCAGGGCAGGAACAUCAGCGUGGCGUCCUGCAACAGCACUCAGGUGGUUCUAGCUGUGGGUCGAGUGCUGUAUUACCUUCAGAUCCUCACAGGAGAACUCAAACAGAUCAGCUCUACAGAGAUGGAGCAUGAGGUGGCGUGUCUGGACAUCACUCCUCUGGGUGAGAGCGCAGGAGAAUCCAGCAUCUGUGCUGUGGGACUCUGGACCGACAUCUCAGCACGCCUGCUCAAGUUACCCUGCUUCAGCCCGCUGCACAAAGAGAUGCUGGGCGGAGAGAUCAUCCCUCGCUCCAUCCUCAUGACCACGUUUGAGGGCAGUCAUUACCUGCUGUGUGCGCUGGGAGACGGGGCGCUUUUCUAUUUCGGACUGGACAUUCAGACAGGUGUUUUGAGUGAGCGUAAGAAGGUGACUCUGGGCACUCAGCCCACGGUUCUGCGCACCUUCCGCUCGCUCUCCACCUCCAAUGUGUUCGCCUGCUCCGACCGGCCCACCGUCAUCUACUCCAGCAACCACAAACUGGUCUUCUCUAACGUUAACCUGAAGGAGGUCAACUACAUGUGCCCGCUCAACUCCGAGGGAUACCCCGACAGUCUGGCUCUGGCCAACAACAGCACACUGACCAUCGGCACCAUCGACGAGAUCCAGAAGCUCCACAUCAGAACCGUUCCUCUCUACGAGUCGCCCAAGCGGAUCUGCUAUCAGGAGGUUUCUCAGUGUUUCGGAGUUUUGUCCAGUAGAGUAGAGAUGCAGGACACCAGCGGGACAACAGCAGCCGUGCGGGCCAGCGCCAGCACACAGGCGCUCUCCAGCAGUGUCAGCUCCAGUAAGCUGUUUCCCAGCAGCACUUCUCCUCAUGAGACGUCGUUCGGAGAGGAGGUGGAGGUGCACAGUCUGCUGGUGGUGGAUCAGCACACGUUUGAGGUGCUGCACGCGCAUCAGUUCCUGCAGAAUGAGUAUGCACUGAGUAUGGUGUCCUGUAAGCUGGGCAGAGAUCCUGCGGUCUACUUCAUCGUCGGCACGGCCAUGGUGUAUCCGGAGGAGGCGGAGCCUAAACAGGGCCGCAUCAUCGUCUUUCACUACACAGACGGCAAACUGCAGACGGUGGCAGAGAAGGAGGUUAAAGGUGCGGUUUACUCCAUGGUGGAGUUUAGUGGUAAACUGCUGGCCAGCAUCAACAGCACCGUGCGUCUGUACGAGUGGACGGCAGAGAAGGAGCUGAGGACCGAGUGCAAUCACUAUAAUAACAUCAUGGCCCUGUAUCUGAAGACUAAAGGAGACUUCAUCCUGGUGGGAGACCUGAUGCGCUCCGUGCUGCUGCUGGCCUACAAACAGAUGGAGGGCAGCUUCGAGGAGAUUGCUCGUGACUUCAAUCCUAACUGGAUGAGUGCUGUUGAAAUCCUGGAUGAUGACAACUUCCUCGGAGCGGAGAACGCUUUCAACCUGUUCGUCUGCCAGAAGGACAGCGCGGCGACGACAGACGAGGAGCGACAGCACCUGCAGGAGGUGGGUCUGUUCCACCUGGGAGAGUUCGUCAAUGUGUUCUCACACGGAUCUCUGGUGCUGCAGAAUCUGGGCGAGAGCUCGACUCCCACACAGGGCUCGGUGCUGUUCGGCACGGUCAACGGCAUGAUCGGUCUGGUGACGUCACUGUCAGAGAGCUGGUACAGUUUACUGCUGGAUCUACAGAACCGACUCAACAAAGUCAUCAAGAGCGUCGGCAAGAUCGAGCACAGCUUAUAUCCUUCAGCAGCUGAGAGAGAGAGAGUGUGUGUGUGUGUGUGUGUGAGAGAGAUAGAGAGAGAGUUUGUGUGUGUGUGUGAGAGAGAUAGAGAGAGAGAGAGACUGUGUGUGUAAGAGAGAGAGAGAGAGACUGUGUGUGUAAGAGAGAGAGAGAGAGAGAGAGUGUGUGUGUGUGUAAGAGAGAGAGAGAGACUGUGUGUGUGAGAGAGAGAGAGAGAGAGAGAGAGAGUGUAAGUGAGUGUCUCUGUCUGUGUGUGUGUGUGUGAGUGAGUUAGUAUGAACUCUGGCAGGGACUCUGUGUUGUUGUUGUUCUUGACUAGCGCCACCUGGAGGUCGUUCCACACCGAGCGUAAGACUGAGCAGGCCACAGGGUUCAUUGAUGGAGAUCUGAUCGAGAGCUUCCUGGAUCUGGGGCGAGCGAAGAUGCAGGAGGUGGUCAGCACGCUGCAGAUGGAUGACGGCAGCGGGAUGAAGCGUGAGGCGACGGUGGACGAGGUUAUUAAAAUCGUGGAGGAGCUGACGCGGAUCCACUAAACGAGAGCAUCACACAUCUGUACAGAGCUAUACAUACAUCAGAGUGUGUGUGUGUGUGUGUGUUUCACUCCACCUGAGUGAAUCGAGUUCAGUCACGCUCACACACUCACGUCUUCAUGUGCUAGUCCUGAGCCUCCAGAUGAAGAAGCCAGCACCGAUCCACAAUCAAUUUAGUGAAGCGUUUAUCAUUUAGGUGUCUCUGUUCGUUAAUUUUAUUAAAGUUUCAUUCAGUACUUUGGGCCUGUUGUGUUUUCUCAAGUGUGUGUGUGUGGUCUUUUAAUAAAAGCAGAAAAUGUCAUACCUGA